AAAGAAGGAAAAAACUAUACAAAAAGCUCCUCCAAGUCGGUUUGUUUCCAGGAAAGCAAAGAGAAGCCGAAGCAUUUGAUUCCUUGCAAAAUUAAGUAGCUUUCCUUUUAGAAAACAAAAUAUAACAAACUACCCAUCAAUAAUUCCCUCACAACUCCCCUUUUCCCAUAUUUAUUUUCAUUCUUUACACACUCCCUCUCUAGAUUUUACUCUCCAAAGACCACUGGAUGAGAUCAUACCAAAGAACCCUUAGUACUGAUACUUUGAUCAGCACCUUAAUUACCAUCUGAAAGAGCCAGUGAAGGAAAUUUUUCGAUCUUCUGCAGCUGCUGCAUGGAGAUGGUGACUGAUGUGGCAUAAAUGGAAGAAUUUCAUGUACAGUUUCUCCAAUUUUACCAUAUCUUUGCCGGGGAUUAAUAGCAAAAUUGUAAAUGGUAAACCCAAAAAUCUCCCACCGCCCAAUUAUAUGCUACAGGCCAAUACGGCCUUCUGAUUUGGAAAUUUUAGAGCAACUCCAUGCAGAUGUAUUUCCUAUAAGGUAUGAGUCAGAGUUUUUCCAAAAUGUUGUCAAUGCACGUGAUAUUGUGUCCUGGGCAGCUGUUGAUCGUAGUCGGCCUAAUGGUCACAAUGAUGAGCUUAUUGGAUUUGUCACUGCAAGAAUUGUGAUGGCAAAAGACAGUGAGAUAGGGGAUUUGCUCAGGUAUGACCCCUUAAAACCAGAUCAAACACUAGUCUACAUUCUGACACUUGGAGUGGUAGAUACUUACAGAAAUCUUGGUAUAGCAACUGCUCUUAUUCGUGAGGUUAUCAAAUAUGCUUCAAGUAUUCAUAUGUGCCGUGCUGUUUACUUGCAUGUGAUCUCAUACAAUAAUCCUGCCAUACAUUUAUACAGAAAAAUGGCAUUCAAAUGUAUACGAAGGUUGCAAGGCUUUUAUCUGAUCAACAGCCAGCAUUAUGACUCGUACUUGUUUGUUUACUAUGUAAAUGGCGGUCGUUCUCCUUGCUCUCCAUUGGAGCUGGUCACAGCCGUGGUGAGUUACAUGAGGAAUGGUCUUAGGUCAGUAACUGCAAGGCUAUGUAAGAGCGAAGAGAAGCCAAAAUGGCCAAAAUGCAGAGAAACCCAUUCUCUUAUAUCUAUCCAGAACAAGAGAAACCACACAACUGAAUGUACGAGUUACGAAUGCGUGUAAUAAGCUAAGCUUAUUUCAUUACCCGACUUCCAUGAAUUUGGGACUGUGUUACAGAGUUGUCUUUUACUCCUGCCCCGACACUGUAGUCUCUAUUUGUUUUUUAUUUCCCUCAUAAAAUCACCAUGCUCUGUAAUUAUUUAUAUAUAUUGAUACUGACAUGUCCUUGUAAUUCAUUAUGUUGAUUUCAUAUACAAACACAAAACUACUUCUAA